AUGGCUCAUACUACCCCCAGUUCUACUUUCUCCCCAUCGGCAGGUGACGAAGGACGCCAGCUCGUGAAGACCACUGCCAUCGCGACCGGGGGAAACCCCAUGUACACAUCUACCCCAGCACAUGCCAACAUUUCUAUAGAGCCUGGCCGCAGAUUUCCUGAUACUUUAUCAGCGAUUUUGAAUGUUGCGAUUCACACGAAAGCCUCCCUCAAGACUCAAGGACUUGACGCGACUCUAGCUACAAUUCAAGAGAAAUUGGGUUCAGCCGAAAUCAGCGCACAAGUCGAAAAAUUGACGUCCUCGGAAUCGGAGGGUGACAGGAAUGAGAUCGCGUCCCAACUCGCCGCCAUGCUGAAGGAGGGCGAUGCUAAUCUCACCGAAGAGCUUAAGGCGUACGAUCUCGACCUUCACAAGGUCAUCAAAAUCGCUGCCGACACAGUCGAAAAAUCUCCCGAGUUCUCUCGAUAUCUACGCAAAACCUCGUCUGUUGCAUCCACCGAAUCAGACUCCCCCGCCCGAUCGCGCCAGGGGUCACAGAGGUUCAGUGGCCCGCGCCCUCGAUCGCUUUCGUCGUCCGGCAAGUCAGACUUCUUCCAAGCCAGAAGGGUGGAGCCUCUUGCCAUCGAUUUCGGCAAGCACGGGGAACAGCUCAAAGCAGUCGUGGCAGAGAAGGAGGAACUGGGUCGGCUCUAUCAGAGGUCCCGGAGCGCGUUAGCUGAAAAGAAGACCAUGGAGCUGGUAUGGGAGGAAAGGGCAGCGGCAUGGGAGGAUAGAAAGGCGGAAUGGGCGGAGAGAAAGGCGGAAUGGGAGGAGAGAAAGGCGGCAUGGGCAGAGGAGAAGGCGACGUGGGCGAAGACUGAGAGGAGGCUGGAACAGUAUGCGGACGGAUACAAGCAGGACAAGGACGGAUACAAACAAGACAAGGAGAAGUGGGAGAAAAUGUAUGCUGAAGCCAAAGAGGAGUACAAGGAAGCCAAGGAGGAGCACAAGGAAGCCAAGGACCAAUGGGAGAGUCGAUACUACGAAGCCCAGACGGAGUGGCAAGACCGGCACGCUGCCGAUAAGGCGGAGAGGGAGAAACAAGAACGGCGCCAUCAGAUGGAGGUGCGGAAGUGGGAGAAUCUACAUGGCGGGGAAGUGCGGCGACGGGAAGCGCUCGAGGAAGAACUGAAAGCCUUGAAGGAGAGGCUUCGUUCUAGUGCAUAA